AUGAACUUCUGCUUAUUUUUCUAUUUAUUUUCAAUUUUCCUCAUUUUCUGCCGAGCUUCUCCAAUUCCUCAAGCUUCUCCUUCAUUAGGAGUCAUUCACGGUAAGUUCUGAACCCUUGAAAAUGUUUCCUAAACUUGAAGGGACCCUUUUUUGCUAUCUCCUACAUUUAUGGAAUCUCUAGGCACUAACGUUUGCCAUUAGGGCUCUAAAGGAGCUGCUGCUUGACACAGAAGCUCUCUAGGCGCCGUUCCUUGACACAGAAAUAUGUUCCAGGUUCUCCUGUCGUUGCAAUAAUCCACGGAAAUUCAGACAUUCUAAAAGAUGAAGUUCAAUCCAAAGAUUCUGAAGAUGAUCCACUCGAAAAAUUUGGAAAAAUUGUUGAUUAA